AUGAGAAGGUUCGGAAGCAAGCAGCAAUCAUCACGCAACAGCACGUACGAAGACAUGAGAAGAGCAUUCGAUGCAAUCAAGACAAGGCUGGCGAAUGCAAGCAGCUCGAUGAUUUCUGUGGAUCUAAGCACGGCAGUUCAAGGCGAUGGCCCGUGUGCCGGUGAAAGAUCAGCAUGUGAUUUCACAUCGAUUUCGUCGGAUGAAGACUCCUGCUCGAAUACACUUGUUAGUAUUGGGCCUGAAUACAGAGGUGCUGUUGACGAUGCAGGCACAGUAUGCUCCGAAACAAGCACCAAUAAGGCUGGUCAUUGCACGGAGCAUAUUGAAAGUAAUAAAAGGCCCAAUACAAGCCUUAGUGCGAAGUACACAAGUGCUGAACUCAAUGAUAAUCAGGAAAUAAGCAAAAGUCAAGGGUGUGAAGAAAAAGCAGAUGAUCAGAUGAUUACACGCGAACUUAUUCAUGAAGAGUCGCUUUCGGAUGAGAUGGAUUACAAGGAGCUUGGAUUCGUAAGUUUUCUUGGAAUAUUUGAUGGAGAGGCUCAGCAGGUAGACAACAUAACAUUCCGUAGAAUGCGUGGAGAAGCGGACGGGAUAUCGCAUUCUGACAUGUGCACAGAAGGCAUGCGCACAGAUAUGCAGCAUCUGAAAAAAAUUCGGUUUGACCAGAUGCCAAAAGACGUACGAAAGAUUGGCGAAGCAACAUUCAGUGAGGUAUUUGCACAUGGUACGCUGGUGUACAAGAUUAUUCCGCUGGGAAAAUCCUCUAACGAGACAUGCAUGCAGUCAUUUCUCAAAGAGUCAAGCAUAUUCCAAACGAUCUGCAAUGAAGAGGGUGUGUGCAGACUUGUAGAUGUGUUUCUGCUGAAAGGGCGAUAUUCCGAAGAGUAUCUGCGUGCAUGGGACGAGUAUGGAGAGGAAGAAAACGAAAGGCCAUGCAAGUACAAUGAGGAGCAGGAGUAUGGAGUGCUGGCUAUGGAGGAUGGAGGAAUGAGUCUGGAAGAUGUGAAAUUUACAGACUGCUCUGAGGUUAACAGGUUUCUAAAGAGUGUAGCGAGGGCACUUGCGAAUCUUGAGGAGAAGUACGAGUUUGAACACCGAGACUUACACUGGGGAAACAUACUUAUCAGCGGCGGAAAGGUGAAUUUGAUAGAUUUUUCGCUCAGUAGGAUCAGAAGCAGUGGAAGAGUGAUAUAUGAGGAUCUGAAUGCAAAGGAAUGGCUGUUUGAGGGAGAUGAAAGCAUAGAUAUACAGUUUGGAGUGUAUAAACAGAUGCGUGUGCUAAGCUGCAGCGAUUGGCAGGCAUUUGUGCCAAGAAGCAAUGUUCUAUGGAUGAAGUAUCUUGUACAGAAAGCAUUUAGUAAGGUCAGGUUCCGAGGAAGGAGUUCGGUGAUUUCACAAUAUAUUAGGAUCAUGGAUAGCAGCAGCUCGAUGAUAGAGGCUGAGCAAAUGCUGAACAAAUGCACAAAAAUACAAUAA